UCAGAUCCAAUAUGUCUGCGCCCAUGUUCUUAACAACGAAGGCAGUGUUUUAGUGAAAAGUUCUUCGAUUUUGAUAUUUAUUUAAUCCGUGAAGGUUGUUUUUAUUUGUUGAAAAGAAUGUUUGGUCGACAUUUGUAUACAUUUACCUUAAGAUCACAUUGUUUUCGGAGAUCUUCCAUUUUCGUACAUCGCUUUUGUUGCACAAAAGUCAACAAGAACUGUAAUUCUGUGGCUUCCUUUAUAAGUCUUAACCUUCAAAAAUGUAAAUAUUCUGUACCAAGCAAACAUGAUUUGGAAGGAUUAACACGUCAUUUUUCUUCGUCGUGUUGGCACUGUUGCAGAAAGAGUGACGAAGAUGGUGUCCAGCGUAAAGAGAGUUUUCAGGGCGAGAGCAUUAAGACGAUUCCAAACGUAAUUACAACAUGUAGAAUUAUUUCUGCGCCAUUUCUAGGGUAUAUGGUUACACAUGGUCAGUUUGAAAUGGCACUUGGUUUGUUCAUCGUGGCAGGCAUUACUGAUCUGCUGGACGGGUACAUUGCGAGGAAUUUCAAGGGUCAAAUGUCCAGUUUUGGGACGUUUCUGGACCCAUUAGCUGACAAGGUGAUGAUGACUGUGAUGUUUACUACUCUAUCUGUGGCCCAUAUUGUACCAGUGCCCCUGACUGUUAUUGUUGUGGGAAGGGAUCUAUUCAUCAUAGCAGCUACUUUUUAUAUCAGAUACAUCUCUCUCAAUCCUCCAGUAACUUUAAAAAAUUUCUUUGAUGUUUCAAAUGCAAGUGUCUCACUGCACCCUUCAACAUUGAGCAAGUACAACACAUUUCUCCAGAUAGUUGUGGUUGUCUCUGCUCUGACAGCUCAGGUGAUGGGAUGGCCAAAUCCUGAAGCACUACAAGCUCUAUAUGUCAUUACAGGAUGCACUACUAUAGGAACAGGUCUGCAGUAUGUGUGGAAUUCAAAAGCAUAUUUUAAAUUAAAAAAGAAAAAUUAGUGUUGUGUUUGUUUUCAAUACUUCAAUGUGAUCCAAUUCCAGGUGAGGAUU